GGAAGACUGAGCCGAGUCAGAGCGGAGACCAGAGAGAGAGAGAGGAGCCAAACACUCAGGAGAAGGAGGACGUCUAAGAAGCUGGCAAUCUACAUUUUACAUUUUAGUCAUUUAGCAGACGCUCUUAUCCAGAGCGACUUACAGUUAGUGAGUGCAUACAUUUUUCAUACUCUAGCACAAAGAAACGAGAAGUCUGACAAAAGGAAUGAACAUAACAAGUAAGAAUCACAGAGAGGUGGAGAAACUCCAGUUAACGUCUCCACACAACGUCAAGGUGGAGAAAUCAGACAAGAAAAGUUCCAAAUACUGGGAGGGGGAGCUUCCAAAGCAAACUACAAAGGAAAAGCCAAGGUCGUCUAGUAUGGCUGGGCAAGUAUCCAAGAGCUCAGCACAGCGACUCAGCCGAGACCUGACCUGUUCUAUCUGCCUGGAUCUCUUCAAGCAUCCUGUCUCCCUGCCCUGCGACCACACCUUCUGCCAGGCAUGUAUCGCUGGCUACUGGACGGGCCCCAGAGGCCAGGUCCAGGGGGGGUCCGGAUCCUGUCCCCAGUGCAGGAAGGCGUUCCCUGGCCAGAGCUACCGGCCCAACCGCAUCGUGGCUAACAUAGUGGAGAGCUACUGCCAGGGCCUGGAGGAGAGUGAGGGACUGCUGGGGGACAUGGGGGUACCAGAGAGGAGCCCUGCCCCUGCUCCUGCCCCACGCUGUGGCCGGCACCGAGAGGAGCUGAAGCUCUACUGUGAGGAGGACCAAGAGCUUUUGUGUCUGGUGUGUGGACUCUCUCAGGAGCACCGGAACCACACCAUGGUGUGUGUGCAAGAGGCACAGCAGAGAUACAGGGUAAGUCCAAAUUCUAUUUGACUUGUAUUGCCUUUUUACACUCUUACAUUUUUCAAAGAAUGCUUGUAAAAGGCUUAGCUCUAGGGUUAAAAAACAACUAAGCCAAGGUUCCCAGUUGGAGGGGAAAUUGAAGACAGGUGGUGCUAUGGACUGAGCAGUAGAAUUAUGCUUGGGAGUAAUUUAAGCAAAAAAAGUUGAUUUGAUUAAAUGUGGCACAAAAUAACUUAAAGUGACUUGGCAUCAACAACUACAAUGUCAAUGAUUUGUCACAACUUUACAUGUCACUUUUUUUCUGUCCGACAAACUGCUCAUUAUUCUCCCCACAUUGUCUGGUUUGGAGGUGCAUCUGGCUUGUUUCCCAUAACAUUCAUUUGCCAGCUCACUCCAAGAGCAGAUUACUGUAUUUACCGUAAGGCCUGGUGUAGAGAACAGAAGGCUGAUGCCAACUUAGAGUCAUGCUACUGCUUUGUUUUGGCCAUGCAGGCGUCUCUCAACAGUUCCAUGGACUCUCUGAAAGGGGAGCUGAACACGGCCCUGCAAUGUGAGAGAGAGACUGAGGACGAGGUCAAGAAGCUCAAGGUGAGACUCUCUAGUAUCUUCACCUGGUAACAAUCUAUACAUUGCACUUAAGCCUUGAGUGUCUCAUAAACCUCAACCCUCUCGAACUAACUGCCAUUGCUAAUGAUCCCCCACCCCACACACUUUCUGUCCCCCCAGGAGCACACGGCAGACCUGAAGCAGCGCAUCGAGGCCCUGUUCAGCGACCUGCACCAGUUCCUGUACCAGGAAGAGAAGCUGCUUCAGGUGAAGCUGAAGACAGAGGAGCGCAGGGAGCUGAUCAGGCUGGACGAACACAAGGCCCUGCUCUGUGUGGAGGUCUGCCGUCUGCAGAGGGCCCUGAAUGAGAUCGAGGACAAGCUGAGAGAGCAGGACACCUUUACAUUGCUGCGGGUGAGAGACAGAGCAGGGCUACUGUUUACCUACUGAAGUUAUUCUAGCCUGGUGGAAUUUCACAUGGGAAGUAACUCAAUGAGCAUCCUUGAUGGGGAAUGUGAAAAAUACGAUAAUGAGUUUCACACUGAAAAGUUUUAGGUUAGAUUUUAUGUUAUUUUGCUUGUGCUGUUUGAAAAGAAUGUACUGGAUGGGAGGACAAAACUAGCUUGCACACUUCUAGACAUUUACAUCUGCAGUAAUAAUGUAGAAAGUAACCAUUCUAGACAUUCUACAGGAAGGUCUUGCUGAUAGCAAUGAGUAGAGUAGUACUUAAUUGAUCCCAACUUGGGAAAUUCACUCAGCAUCAUCAAUAAAUUACAAGGACAAGACCCAUAUCAAUGACAAAGACAUAAAAGACACACAAUGGCCCCCCAGAGUGCAGGGAGGAACCCUUCAGGGUGGAGCACAGGCAGGAUGUGGGCCCAUGACCUCACUCCUGGUCGAUGGUGGGGAUAAGGAGAUUAUAGGGACGGGCUCAGACCCAGGGACUUUCCCCCAACCACUGUGAGAUCCCAGAGGGCCGGGAUAGCGUGAGCUCAGACAGUGAUGUCAUGUGGAAAACUGCUUUCUCUCUUUUUACCCACUACCAAAAUUAAUCAGCACUCUCUCCUCUUUUCCUGUCUCGUCCCAGAAUAUCAAGACCCUGCUCCAGAGGUGAGAGCGUGGUGGGACGUGGGCCGUUUUAGAUUGUUAUUCCAUAAUGGAGUUUUCCUGUUUCUGAUAUGUAUUGUCUGAAGCUUGUGUUGUCUUUGGCAGGCCGUCACCCAAGUUUGAGAAGCCUACUCUCACGGCUCCCAGUCUGUGUGAGGGUCGGUUCGCAGGGCCCCUGCAGUACCGAGUGUGGAAAUCACUGAAAGGAAGCAUCUACCCAGGUACUGUAAGGCACUCAACUUUACAGUGGAGGCUUGCUGAGGGGAGGACGGCUCAUAGUAAUGGUUGGAAUGGAGUCAAUGGAAUAGUAUCAGUCACAUGGAAACCACGUUUGGUACCAUUCCAUUGACUCCAUUCCAGCCAUUAUUAUGAGCUGUCCUCCCCUCAGCAGCCUCCACUGAACCUUUAGUAGAGUGAAUUACAAUUACAGCACUCAUGAGCAAUAAUUCAGGAGCUUUCAGCAACUAUUUUUGCUCUGCAACAUACAUUAAUUGCCCAGAAUUUACUACUUGAUGGUUGUUCUCUUAUUUAAAAUGGAAAGUUGAAGUUGAAACUGCUACUGAGAAUUAUACUCUGUUCACAUUGUAACGCUGUGUAUCUGUGUCAUGGCAUUUAAACCAUACGAUACCUAACUUUACCACCUCGGUUUCCCUUAUUCUCAGUUCCGGCCGCCAUCACCUUCAACUCGAGCACGGCCAACCCCUGGCUUAGCCUGACCUCCUCCCUCACCUGUGUCCGCUACCAGACCUUCAACCACUCUGUCCAGGACAACCCCAACCGCUUCAAUGCUGCAUUGUCCCUGUUGGGCAGUCAGGGCUUCACUCAUGGCCGCCACUAUUGGGAGAUCGAGGUCUACAGCAGCACUGUGUGGACCGUGGGUGUGGCUAGAGAGACUGUAUCGAGGAAGGGAGUAAUCAAUGCCUUGCCAGCCAAUGGCUUCUGGACCCUGUCCCUGUCCUAUGGAAUACAGUACAUGGCCUGUACAUCGCCCCCUACUGUGCUGUCACUGGAGGAGCCUCUGGCUAGGAUAGGGGUAUAUCUGGAUUAUAAGAGGGGUCUGGUGUCUUUCUACAAUGCAGAGAGCAUGACACAUCUCUAUACAUUCUGUGAAACCUUCACAGAGACGUUGUAUCCCUACUUCAAUCUGGGAUUCCUGGAUAAAGUGCAUGAGAAUGAGCCCCUCAAAGUCUUCCUUCCCAAAAUCUGACAGCCGCGGCACGUAUCUAUACCCCGCAAAGAGUCGAGCCUUACACUGGUGUGGUGCUAAAAUGCCCUCAAAAUAUAACUGUCAGAUAAUAAGAUACGUAAAAAAACAACUGACACAAAAUACUACGGUCAUAUUGUUUUGAGAUGUUAGAAAGAGUAAGUAGUACAUUUUAAAACUGUCAUCUUGAUGUGGGCCAGAGCUUCACCAUCAAGGUUUGUUAAAUGUUUUUGUUAUCAUUCUUAUGUAUGCGCAAUAACCUUUUGCAGUAUUACAGCGUAAAUUGUACCUGACUGCCGUAAACGGAAUGAUGAAUACAAAAUUGCCUUAUCGUGUACAAUGUACAGCAGUUCAGUAUUUUGAGACAAAAAUGCGCCAACAAUUUGAAUAAGUAAUUUUCAAUGCAUAAUCAUAAUGUAUUUAUGAAUUUUGGAUAUCAUCAGAAUUUCAAACGUACACCUCACGAUACCGUUCAAAAUAAAUAACAAUUCGUUUUGUGUCUGUGUUGAAAUAGAACCUGUUAUUUGAUCUGCACAGUCUCAGCAGAAACAGUAACAGGCAUAAACACACUUCUGCAUGGUGGAUUUGUGCAUAUCAGAGCACAGGAAAGAGGAAACUCACUAAGAGGUCAUUUGAAGAGAGUUUUCUGUGUGGUUGUGUCACUCUUUCUUCCUGUGAUCCAUUUGGCUUAGCCUACAGUACAUUGAACCGAGCUGAGUUAUGAGUCAAAAUGGAUGGACCAUUUCCUAGAAAUCCCUGAUAAACCUCUCUAUCAGCAUCCAGGAGCGGUAACGGAGAUGGGUUGGUAACACGGUCCGCAGAACAUCACAAGACAUUCAUAAAAUGGAAGCCUGCAACGCAGCAGAGGUUCUAACACAACAACUGGU